UAGUAAGUUUAUUUGUUGCAGAAGAAAAACAAAGUUUUUGUUUUGAUUUCACAGCGGGAGUCUUGUAUGAAAUGUGCCAUUUAAGGACCUAAGGAUGCGGUUUCGCCGCCGCUGGCCGCGAAGAAUGCGGCGUGCUAUAGAACAAUUGCGUCUGCAGUCUCGCAGAAAGCUGCAGUUGCUUUUAGUGUUUGGGGGGUUCUGCUUGGUAAUUUGGUUGGCUGCUAACUAUCUCUUCGCAUCCGAGGAAAGCAAAACCGGCGACUUUAGCAGCUCCUGCAGUGCCAUCGAUGCAGUUUACACCUGGGUCAAUGGCUCGGAUCCCAACUUUAUAGAGGCCAUCCGAAGGUUUGAUUCAAAAUACGAUCCCUCGCGGUUUGAUGACAAGAAUGAGCUGCGUUACUCCUUGAGAUCGCUGGAAAAACAUGCCAGUUGGAUCAGGCAUGUGUACAUAGUAACCAAUGGCCAAAUUCCAAACUGGCUGGAUCUCAGCUACGAAAGGGUCACAGUCGUACCACACGAAGUGCUGGCUCCUGAUCCGGCACAGCUACCCACCUUCUCCAGCUCCGCCAUCGAGACAUUCCUGCACCGCAUACCAAAGCUGUCCAAAAGGUUUCUCUACCUUAACGACGACAUAUUUCUAGGAGCACCGCUGUACCCGGAAGACCUAUACACAGAGGCGGAGGGAGUGCGUGUUUACCAGGCCUGGAUGGUUCCCGAUUGUGCUCUGGAUUGCCCAUGGACUUACAUAGGAGACGGCGCCUGCGAUCGGCACUGCAACAUUGAUGCCUGUCAAUUUGAUGGAGGAGAUUGCAGCGAAACUGGGCCAGCGGAAGGAUCCCAUGUCUUCCCACAAAGCCAAGAAGUGGGUGAGGUGGAAGCUGCAGCAGUCCCAAAACCUCCAGCCCACCGCUUCCCUCACAUGGGCCUCCAAAAGCUGUUUAAGAGCAGCUCUGCUAACUUUAAGGACGUAAUGCGACAUCGAAAUGUGUCCACGCUGAAGGAGCUGCGUCGCAUUGUGGAGCAUUUUAACCGGGCCAAACUCAUGUCUCUCAAUCCUGAAACAGAGAUGAGCAGCUCUGAGCCACCAACAACCCAGCGCCACUCGCUGCACAAGGAAGACUUCAAAUCCUCCACAGACAUCUACUCCCACUCGCUUAUAGCCACGAAUAUGCUGUUGAAUAGAGCUUACGGCUUUAAGGCACGUCAUGUGCUAGCGCAUGUAGGUUUUCUGCUCGACAAGGAUAUUGUGGAGGCCAUGCAAAGGCGGUUCCGUCAGCAAGUCCUCAACACUGCCCUUCAGCGCUUUCGAGCGCCUACAGAUCUCCAGUACGCCUUCGCCUAUUACUCCUUCCUUAUGAGCGAAACAAAGGUAAUGGGUGUGGAAGAGAUCUUUGAUGAGUUCGACACGGAUGGUUCGGCAUCAUGGUCGGAUCGGGAGGUUCGCACAUUCCUCACUCGCAUCUAUCCGCCUCCACUCGACUGGUCAGCCAUGCGAUACUUCGAAGAAGUGAUUCAGAACUGCACUAAAAAUGUGGGCAUAAAUUAUAAAGUUGAUACAGUGGAACACUCCACACUUGUUUACGAGCGAUAUGAAGACUCUAAUUUGCCCACCAUCACAAGAAACUUGGUUGUUCGAUGCCCACUUCUGGCUGAAGCCUUGGCGGCUAACUUUGCAGUCCGCCCCAAGUAUCCCUUCCAUGUCAGUCCAAAGAGAGCAUCGCACAGCAACUUCAUGAUGCUCACUUCGAAUCUCACGGAGGUGGUGGAGUCCCUGGACCGAUUUCGUCGAAAUCCGCGCAAGUUCAACUGCAUCAACGACAAUCUGGAUGCUAAUAGGAACGAGGACAAUGAGAUGGUACGCCACUUGCUCGAGGAUUUCUAUCUGUCCUUCUUUCCAAGGCGCAGUAAGUUCGAGUUGCCGCCUCAAUUCCGCAAUCGCUACGCAUCCUGGCGGGACUAUCAACGCUGGAAGCGAAGAAAGAGGGCAGUUCUGGUCGUCGGAUAUGGCGUGAGUCUGGUGCUGGUCGUCUGCCUGCUGCGGUUCAUGUGUAACCACAAGGCUAAAUUGGUGAGGCGCUGUGUGCAGCGUUUGUAGGAAAAAUCUCUCUUCUGUAAUGUUGUGAUAAGUUGUGAAAUUUAUGUAUAUUGGCCAUUUCUGCAAGCGAUCAUAGUCAAAUCUAGUUGUAGGCCAUGUGUAAGGCUAUUUUUCUAGAUCUUUAGGUGCAUGAUAGAGGCUACUUUUAGGAUUAGUUAAUAAGAGUGAAUGUAUAGAGAAAUUUUCUAGAUUCUUGUGUUAUUUAGCAGUUGAAGAAAAGCUUUUAUAGGUUGAAUUUUAUCAUAUUUCAGUUAUUGACUGAUUUUUGAGUGGCAAUAGCUAUUAAUGCCAAGCUUCAAGGGAUAUUGCAUCUAUAAUUAAAAUACUUUACACAAAAUGGACAAUGUCAGCUGUAAAGCGUUUUUGCGAUUUUUUAUAAACAACUAUCUUUGUUAUAAAUAAUUUUUAAAAAUUUUAUAAAUUCCAUGUGUUUUUGAUAACAAAUUUAAGGAUAUAAGCUAAAAUUAAUUUUGAAUCUUUUACAUAUGCCAGAAAUUCAAGGAUAAAUUUAGAAAUUCUCUAAAAUAAAAAUUAAACAUUAUUAUUUGAUAUUACUGGAAUAACCUAAAAUCAAUAAAA